GUACAUUUGACAAGCAUCCCAUAUCUUUCACUCUUCAGUCCUCCCAUAAGAAAUUCAAACUAGGAUCCAAAAAGACACGACCGUUCCUCGUUUCUUGUGCCCUUUUCUCUUUUACUACUACCUAUUUCUCUCUCCUCCUUAAACUCCAUUCCUUCCUCCGUCAAACCUUUCUUCCACCAUUACAGUACAAACAUUCAAACCCCAUACAAACACAACACCAAAAUACCCCACCUGAGACCCAUAAUCCACUCCCAAAAUUAUGGUAGCAGGUAAAGUCAAGUCUGCUAUGGGUCUUCAAAAAUCUCCUAAACCAGAGAAACCACCGCCGCCGUAUAAACCACCGUCACCAUCACAAAACUCUGCCGGAAAAUCAUCUUCCCAGAAACCCACUGUCUUCAAUCGUUCUUUUGGGGUUUAUUUCCCUCGUUCUUCUGCUCAAGUUCAGCCUAAACCUCCAGAUGUUUCUGAACUCCUUAAAAUUGUCGAGGACCUUCGUGACCGUGAAUCCCGCCUUAAAACCCAACUCAUUGAACAGAAACUUCUACGUGAAUCUGCCGCCAUUGUUCCUUCCUUGGAACUUGAAAUUUUCGCGAGAAAAGCAGAAACAGAGCAGCUGAUUGUACGUGUUCGAGAGUUGGAGAUUGAGAAUGAGAAACUUAUUCGUGAGAGGGAGAUGAUGAAGGAAAUGUUUGAAAACGAGAGAAGAGAGAAAGAUUUAAGGAUUAGUGAGUUAUUAUCGGAAAUUGAAGAUGUUAAGAAUUUAUCAUCGUCGCAAAGGUUUCAAGGGCUGAUUGAAGCUUCUGGGAAAUCUAAUUUGAUUAAGAAUUUAAGUUUUAGGAAAAUGGGUAGUGUUACUUCUGCCAUGGCUGCUAAAUUAUGUGAAAAUAAUAAUCCCAACAAUGGAAAUGUUGAAAUCGAACAACAACAACAACAACCUAGGCUUUCUCGUAGUAAUUCUGUAGAUGAAAGUCCAGAAGCUUCAGAAUCUUCUUCGUUUGCUCGGUCUCGUAUUCCCAGAGUUCCUAAACCUCCUCCUAAACGUUCCUAUUCUGAUUCCAAUUCCCAUUUCCAUUCACAUUCGGUGUGUUCAUCUUCCGGGUCAUCGGAUGACGUUCGUAAAUCGACAGACAGCAUUACAGCUCCUCCACCACCACCACCACCACCACCUCCUCCACCGCCAUCAAUGUUAAAAUCUGCACCUCCUCCACCUCCGCCACUACCAGCCAAGAAAAAUCUGUCAUCGGCGCCACCGCCGCCACCACCACCUGCACCGGCCAAGGGAGUUAGUUUAGUGAGUGCAAAAGUUAAAAGAGUUCCAGAAGUAGUUGAGUUUUAUCAUUCAUUAAUGCGAAGAGAUUCACGACGAGAUUCUAGUACUGGUACAGCGGAGACGACGUCAACGAGUGCGAGAGAUCUCGUCGGUGAAAUUGAGAAUCGGUCUGCCUACUUGCUUGCGAUCAAGACCGAUGUGGAAACACAAGGAGAAUUCAUCAGGUUCUUAAUAAAGGAGGUUGAGACGGCUGCGUUCACAGACAUCGAAGAUGUGGUUACCUUCGUGAAGUGGCUGGAUGACGAACUCUCUUACUUGGUGGACGAAAGAGCAGUUCUGAAACACUUCAAUUGGCCGGAGCAGAAGGCUGAUGCACUGAGGGAAGCCGCAUUUGAGUAUUCUGAUCUCAAGAAGCUCGAAUCUGAGGCUUCGUCCUUUAGGGAUGUUACCCAUCAAGCAUGUUCCACCACUCUAAAGAAAAUGCAAACGCUUCUUGAAAAAUUGGAGCAUGGAGUUUAUAAUCUAUCGCGCCUGAGAGAAUCAGCUACCAAUAGAUUCAAGUCUUUUCACAUUCCCGUUGAUUGGAUGCUUGAUACCGGAUUUGUUAGUCAGAUCAAGCUGGCAUCCGUAAAACUGGCAAUGAAAUACAUGAAAAGAGUAUCAGCAGAGCUCGAAGCUGUUGGUAAUGGUGUAGAGGAAGAAGAGUUGAUUGUUCAAGGUGUUCGGUUUGCAUUCCGCGUGCACCAGUUUGCGGGUGGAUUUGAUGUAGAGACGAUGAGAGCGUUCGAGGAACUGAGAGACAAAGCAAGGUCGUGUCAUGUACAGAGCCAGAACCAGCAGACACAACAGCAGAGGCUUAUAUGCCGAUCUAUGCCAUGCUAGAUCACUGCAGCAAACUCUGCUUCAGAAUUUAGCCUUCAGGAAUUCUAUGUAACAUAAUGCAAUGCUAAUUCGUGAUUCCCCCAAAAUUGUCCAAAUAUAACCCAAUUCCGAUUUGAUUGGGACAUUGUUAAGGAUAUAUUGUAUCCAAUUUUUAUGUUGUAAAAGUGGUGGGUUUAGGAUAAUAGAGGGUAUGUACAAUAUAUGUGCAAGGAUUCAAAAUUUAUUUUGGGCUUUAUAAUAUUCUUUGAAAAUGAUUGUGCCAUGUCAAUUUUAAGUGUUUUUUUAAUAAUGUCAUUUUAAGUGUGUUUUAUAUUUUUAGUUGCUAUUUUUUUCUCUAAGAUGAAGGGGAAUUAAUUGUUGAUUUGCAAUGUAUUAGAAAUUAUUAUGCAUAAAUAAUAUAAUCGUUACAAACAAAU